AUGUCAACAAUGAACCAUCUUUUUGAUCUUCCAGAACAGAUAUGCUACGUACAAUGUGGAUUCUGUACCACCAUAUUAAUGGUAAGCGUCCCAUGCAGCGGUUUGUCAAUGUUGGCAAACGAAGGUAGUUCAGAAGAUGGUGCAAACAAGAGUUUGAACAGCUAUAAUGCAUCCAUAAUGACCUAUUCUGACUGUGAGGAAGAGAACAUGCCUCAAACUUCCAAUGUUGUGAAUAAACCCCCAGAGAAGAAACAGAGGACACCAUCUGCUUAUAAUCGCUUCAUCAAAGAAGAGAUUAAAAGGCUAAAGGCUGAAAAUCCUAACAUGGCCCACAAAGAAGCUUUCAGCACUGCUGCAAAAAAUUGGGCCAAUUUCCCCCCUUCUCAGUGCAAAGGAGAAGCAGACAGAUGUAAACUUGUGAAUCUGGACUCCCAUAUACAGUCUCCUCAUGCUACUCAGAUUAUGCAUUCAUGGAGUUCGGGAAUUUCGGAUCUAUUUGGAUUGGUGUAG